AUGUCUGUGGGAACAUCCCCAUCAACCGCUUUUGUCGUCGCUCUUUGUACCAUCUCGGGUUUGUACUUGUGGCGAAGCAAGGAUAAUGCUCGCGCGGCAGGGAAACGGUUACCCCCGGGUCCUCCUCGUCUACCUUUGAUAGGCAACCUUUUGCAGAUGCCGGACGAUCACGAAUGGCUUCGUUACGAGCUGUGGGGAAAGCAAUACGGCUCGGAGUUGAUACACGUUGAUGCCCUGGGUAGCCACUUCAUCAUAGUGAAUUCCGCUGAAGCCGCUACAGAGUUGUUGGACAAACGGUCCUCGCAGUAUUCGGAUAGGCCAGCUUUUCCUGUUUUGAGGUUCAUGCUGGGUUUCCAAUGGGCAAUGGUUUUCCUCCCGUACGGCGAUCGACUGAGGGCCUUGCGCAAAAGGUUCGACACUUUCUUCCGGCCAGCUAUCUUGACAGAAUACCAUCCAAUUGAAACUGGGGCCGUACACCAACUCUUGCGGAGCCUUGUGAACAGGCCUGAUGAAUUCUGCGCUCAUCUCAGGCAUAUGGCGGGUACCAUCAUACUGGCCGUCGCAUAUGGGAUCAAGGUCAAGCCGCGGGACGAUCCGCAUGUCGCAAUCGCGGAACAGGGUCUGAAUGCUCUUUCGACCGCGUCCUCUCCACGAGCCCGGAUAUUUGAACUUCUACCAUCAGCAAUGUAUCUGCCUGCAUGGCUCCCAGGAUUGAGUUAUAAAAAAGACGCAGAAGACCUUCGUCGUUGGAGUGCCACUAUGAAGGAGAACCCUUGGCGCGCUGUGAAAGAAGGAUUCGCCAGCGUGUUCAAGGCUGAAGGGACUUCUUCCCCUUCCUUCGCUGCUGCUACACUGAACCAAUUGGAGAACAAGCCCUCGAUAGAGGAGGAAGUCAUCGCACAGCAACUAGCCACGAAUAUCUCAAACCAUUCUAUAACAGGUGGCGCGGACACAACUGUGUGCGCUCUGGAGAUCUUCAUCCUUGCUAUGCUCAAAUAUCCCGAAACCCAGAGAAAGGCUCAAGCUGAGAUUGAUUGUGCCAUCGGCCCUGAUCGAAUUCCUUCCUACGAGGACAAGGAGUUGCUUCCUUACGUGGAUGCGUUGACCUCUGAAGUCCUCAGGUGGCGUAAUGUCACCCCUUUGGCUGUUCCACACUAUCUCGCCGUCGACGAUGUCUACAAGGAUUAUUUCCUACCAGCUGGGUCAACAAUAAUCCCGAAUGUGUGGGCUAUGUUGCAUGAUAAGGAUGUAUACGGUCAUGACGCUAAAGACUUCAGGCCUGAGAGAUAUCUUGAUGGUGACCUCCCUCAACCAGACAUCGCGUUUGGUUUCGGACGUCGCCAAUGUCCAGGCAGACAUCUUGCGCGUGAAUCGGUCUGGCUAGCCAUUGCUGCUAUUUUGGCGACUCUCAAUAUCUCGAAGGAUAAAGACGAGAACGGAAAUGAUGUUGAGCCGGAAGAUGAUCAAGGAUCUGGUAUUGUUUCGUAUCCUGUGCCGUUCAAGUGCAAAAUCCAGCCGAGAUUCGCUGCUGCCUUGAAGUCGAUACAGAUGACGGAGGAGAUCAGUCCUUCUUCUCGGUUUGGCUCAUCUUCAUCUACCUCAAUUUUGGCCCUCUCUGCAUCCGUUGAGAUCGCCGAAAGAGACGGAGUUGAUUUUGGAGACUGGAGAGCACGGAAAGCCUCGGUUUGA